AUGACCGCUUCCUCAUUCCCACCGCCACCCAUGUCCGACGCAAGUGUCUCGGUGCAGAUCAUACACGUAUCUCUGGAGGAUGUCAAGCACGUUUGCGACACGCUACUUCUCGUCAGAAACAGUCCGAACUUCAAGACGUCGAUGCAUAGCAAAGUACCAAAUCAGUCUUCUCCCUUCUGGGUUCUCUUUGGGGAUGUCCCACUCGGAACGGUUCGAGCUCCUCAUCUGCAAAGCACAGCGCACAAAAUGCAGAACGCAGACAAAGAAUUCGCAUCGAUGUCGAGGAUCCGCAAGGAUUGUCAUCUUGCCAUCAACCGCUCUCAUGCAGUAGCCGCCCGUGAUGGCCUCGAAGCGAUGAUCGCUGCCUUCGACGCCUACGAGCAAGAGGCAACUGAGAAUUUGACUGGAGCCGCGGGCUACAUGGCCGCAGCCAUGGCGCACGAAGAUGCGCUCGAGCAACUCGAAGCGAUCGUCUCGGCGCAGGGGUCGCACAAGGAAGCCGGGCACGGGCGAAGCGUCCAGUACAAAGCCGCUCUGACUGCUUUGCACGGCUGCGGCAAGGCACUGCAGGCCUACAACAUCGAGCCCACCGAAGAAGACGAUCUUCCUGAGGUCAUCUCCACACUGCGCGGGCGUAUGCCCAUCCAAUCUGGCGUCCCUUCCAGCGCCUUCGAAGUUGGUCGUGGUGGUGGCAGCUCUUUCACAUCGAGCAGCAGCAGCAGCAACAGCAGCAACAGCAACAGCAACAGCAGCAACAGCACCAUCACCACCACCAGCAGCAGCAGCAGCAGCAGCAGCACCAACGGCAGCAAUGGCAGCACUGGCAGCACCAGCAACACCAGCAACACCAGCAACACCAGCAGGAGCAACAAACGUGGACUCGAGGACGACGCUGAGGGGGCUCCAGUCAGAGUUUUUCGUUUUCGCGUCAAGGAAGAGGAGCCUUGA